AUGAGCCACCACCACCCACGCCAAAUCUUAACUCCUUUGGAGUCGCGAAAGCGCAAAGAAAGGGAAGCUUUUUACGUCGCGAAACCAUUGGCGCCACCAGUUACGGCGGUUACUACCACCACAAAAGCAAUAGAGCCAGCUUCUUCUAAUCGGCUCUUAGCCGGGUACAUGGCUUACGAGUAUCUAACGAAGGGUACUUUGUUCGGGCAGAAAUGGGACCCGGCUCGAGCCGGGGCUGUGCCAGUAUCGAAUAGUCGUGGUCAAUUGGGUGAGUCGAAGAGGACGAAGCCGGGGCAGAGCCAGAGUUGUGAAGCCGAGCCGAGAGGAAAGGUCGUGAAGCAGCAGGAAAAGCAGCAACAGCAACCGCACCAAGAGAGGUAUGCGGUGGUGUCAAAUUUGCUGAAGGAAGAUGGGGCCCACGUACCAGGGAUUGUCAACCCCACGCAACUCGCUCGGUGGAUUCAGAUGUAA